CAGGAUACAGCCGGUUGACUGACGUAGCGAAGACGGCCGGGUCGCCGGGAGACUUCCGAAUUCCGGUCCCCCUCCACCGCCGGAGGAGGAGAUGGCCGUGCCGGCGCCAGCGAAGGUGGCGCGCGCGCUUGCGGCCUCCGCGGCGGUGCUCGUACUGCUAUGGUGCGUCCAUUUCCGCGGUGGUCUCUCCCUCGGCUCCCCUACCAACAAGGGCCUCAUCUUCAACGUGCAUCCUGUGCUUAUGCUGAUAGGAUUCAUCAUCCUAGGGAGUGAAGCCAUAAUGAGCUAUAAGAUACUGCCAUGGAGUCAUGAUACAAAUAAGAUGGUUCACAUGGUUCUUCAUGCUGUUGCACUCUUCCUGGGUUCUGUUGGGAUAUAUGCUGCCUUCAAGUUCCACAAUGAAAGUGGAAUUGCUAAUCUCUACAGCUUGCAUUCGUGGGUUGGGCUUGGAACUAUCUGCCUGUAUGGCAUACAGUGGCUACUUGGCGUAACAACCUUCUUCUUCCCUGGUGCUUCGCCAACAGUCCGGCGCCGAAUGCUCCCAUGGCACGUUCGCUCUGGGCUUGUCGUCUACAUUCUGGCACUGCUUGCGGCAGAGUUGGGUUUCCUGGAGAAGCUCACCUUCCUUCAGGCGGCCGGCCUCGGCAGGUACAGCGCGGAAGCCCUGCUGGUGAACUUCACAGCUCUUCUCGUGGUACUUCUUGGCGCUUCUGUUGUGCUGUAUGUCACUGCUCCAAUGCACAGCGAGCACACGCAUGGGUAUUCAGCAGUGCACAAGCCCUGAACCACUGAAUCACCGAUACAGCCUCAUCUAUUCCAGAUUUCCAGUUUGUGUAUUGUUGUAGCGUAGUCCCUCCGUUCCAAAAUUUAUGUACCUAGAAAGGCAAAAUGACCUAUAAUUUAGGACGAAGGGACUAUAAAAACCAAAAUCCAAUCAAAUUUUGUCCGCCUUUGUUUACUUGAAUUAUUGAGACUUAUAGUUAGCUCGGAUUUAGCGGCGUGUAAAUUUGUAAUGAUACUGCAAAUUCAUUUCCCUCCUGUGGUUUAAGAAUAAGAGUAACAGAAAGAUCUAUUACUGAA